AACCUAGCGGUACGUCUAAAAAUUACACGACGUUAACUCGAUCGUUGAUCCAAACAUGGCCACAUAACACUACAAACUCGACUAAUCCCCUUCUAAAUCGAAAACUCUCAUCAGUCUUUGUUCAAAGUACAUCGGAAUAAAUUAUUCCCCGUUAAUAAUAUCGUGGCAUUAAUUUUUUGUCACUUUUAGUUUGUUGUUACGACGACAAAGAAAGUGCCAGUGGAAUGUUGAGUUGUGAUAAGGGGGGAUGAAUGAAAAGUGAUGGAGUGCAUAUGUUUGAUGUUUUAAGUGAAGUUAUUGAAAUUUAUAUUGUUAUUGAGGAAUAGAUUAAUUGUUGCUCAGCUUGUUAUAAAAUGGAGGACGCACGCGAUUCGCAGGUCCAGUCGCGUACAAAUGUAACAAAAACACUUUAUGAGUUGAGUGUUAUUUCAGUAGCUAGGAAAUUCAUGAGACAUAAAAAAUGUCUUACAUAUUUACCCGACAAUGUUCUCUUCGACGUAUGUCAUCAGCUUUAUAAGGAGAAAAGACUCUGCGCGCUAGCUUGUGAGUUCAGUGACAUGGAUGCAUUCUCGAAAAUGCUCAAAGUCCGGAAUAGGACGAUCGACUUGUUGCAGAUGUUUCAAUCUCUCAUGGAUCAUGGCACAAAAAUAGCGAAAGACCUGGCGCUUAGUUACAGUAUAUGCUGCCUAGAACUGGGAAUGAAGUCGUACGCUAAGAAGAAGGUGAUAAAUUUCGGUAUUCGGCUUGGAAAUUUUUUGAGUGACUGCGGCUGGUAUUCGGAAAGUGAGAAGGUCCUAAAUGCCUGUAAAAAUCUCUGUACAAUGCCCACAUCUCAGGAACUUGAGACACACGAGAUGCUGAGUCUUACUUUGGAUUGUUGUCACAAAUUGUUGCGUGCUCAGGCAGCGUACUGUGCCUUCAAAGGGGCUGCCGAGACGUACGAAUUAGCUCUAGCCACAGUGAAAAAAUUGAAAGUAACUGGCUGCAAGAUUUGCAGUCUUGCAGCGCUUUACGCCGGAUUCAGUGUAUUAUUUUUCAUAAGAAGUGAGUAUGAUCAAGCUUACAGAUGGAGUGUAGCAGCUCUCGAAGAGCUUGGACCAACGUUGCCAGCUCGUGUUACAAUAGAUGUCCUCAGACAAGCAGCUAAAUCUUGUGUGGUCAAACGAGAAUUCCAAAAGGCUGGAUUGCUCAUUCGACAAGCAGUUUAUCUAGCUCGCGAAGUCUUUGACACUGAUCACCCAAAGUACUCCGAUGUUCUCAUAGAUUAUGGAUUCUAUUUGUUGAACUCUGACAGCAUUAUUAACAGUGUCUCUGUCUAUAAGACUGCACUAGAAAUAAGAAAAACAAUCUUUGGAAAAUCGAACUUACAUGUCGCAAUAGCACACGAGGAUCUAGCAUAUGCUCUAUACGUUCAAGACUACAGCUCCGGUAGAUUUACACCAGCCAACGAUCACGCGAGCAAAGCCAUCGAAAUAAUGGAGAGAUUAUUACCCGGUGAACAUCUCAUGUUGGCGAGUGCUAAACGAGUCAAGGCCCUCAUCUUGGAGGAAAUUGCUCUCGACAAUGCUCCAACAACUGAGGAAGAUUUGUUAGUGAAAUCGGAGGAUUUGCACUUAUCUGCUCUGCAACUGGCACAAACCGCAUUUGGUGAACGCAAUGUACAGACUGCCAAGCACUACGGCAAUUUGGGAAGAUUGUAUCAGAGCAUGAGGAGAUACGAUGAAGCUGAAAUGAUGCAUUUGAAAGCUAUCAAAAUUAAGGAAGAGCUCUUGGGUUCCGUGGAUUAUGAAGUCGGUCUCAGCAUUGGUCACCUUGCAUCCCUUUACAAUUUCCAUAUGGCGAGAUACAGGGAUGCUGAGCAAUUGUAUCAUCGCAGCAUCGCCAUCAAUUUAAAAUUAUUUGGAGAGAGCUACAGUGGUUUGGAAUACGAUUACCGUGGUCUUCAACAUCUUUACACUGAAAUGGGAGAGUUUGAUAAAGUCGAUGAGUACCAAGACAUACUGAAUCUGUGGAAAGAGCUGAGAGAUCAGCAUGCAGAGUCCGAGGACCCACCAAUCGAUCUCCACAAACGUCCUGAGCCCAUACAGAAAAUUAUAGACACGUUUUUCUCGGUGUAACUUCAUCACAAUGGAAUAUUAUCUAUUUAGAUAUCCACGGACACUUCGACUCAGUGCUGCAUACUAUUAAGUCAUGAGCUGGUUUUUCUCGCACACGACUUGUAUAUUUGAUCCUGAAGAAAAUUCGGGAGCUCUAAUCUGUUCAUGUAUAAAAAUUAUCGAUUAAUUAUCCCAACUAACUUUCAGACCAUUUAGUUAAGUCUCGGUAUAAGAUACGUAAAAACGAUAAUUAAACAAUUCUUAUCUUAAAGUAUCUUAUAUGACGACUUAAUGGUACUGACAAAUGGACUUCACAAAGAAUCAUGUCACAAAGUGCGGCGCACACCGACUAGUUCCAUCAAUUCUAUGUAAUUUUUUAAUGAAUUAAUUGGUUAAAGGAUUACACAAAAUUGCCAGAAAAUUUGCUCCACUACCAAAUUACACUAAAGAACGGAACAAAUAUAUUAGAAAUGAGAACAUUUCAGAACUGAUUGACUUUAUCGAUUCAAUUUUCUAUUCUUUCUAUUUUAUUUGUAAUUGUAAUUCUCUCUCGUGGUUGGUGAAAUUACCUUCUGUUUGUUAAGUAGUCAAUCUGGAACUCGUUAAAUUCUUUACCCAAUAACGGUAAAAAUCUUGGAUAUGAUUUUAAUUAUCUUAUCAUUGUUGUUCGAAAUGUGGACAGAUUAGUAUAAUUUUUAUACGAAAUAAGAUACGAUGCAACUAAAUAAUUUUUACUUUUAGUUCACGAGGUUGGCGAGUUUUAUGAGCUAAUAAUGAGAGGAUUGGAAGACAUUGAAUAUAGGCAAUUCCUGGAAAAUUCAGUAAUUCGAUGGAUCUCCACUCUAAUAAUAGCAAACUGAUAAAUCCUCGUCAUUUAUUCAGUGAUAACUGAGGCAAAUGAAAAUAAAAUAAUAAUGACGAUAAAGAGGGCUUGAAGAUAGGGUAUGAAAAAUCGAGAGGAUGAAAAAGUCACUUAUGGUGGACGUUUGUAGAUAGCUAUUGUAAUUUCAAUUAAAUAAAUGAAGAGAGAAAUAAUAGGAGAAAAAUUAGAACAUUUCAUUGAGAUUUUUUUGUAAAUAUCUCAGGAAGGAAUGGGCUUAGAACAAAAUGGUUCUUCAAUUUUUUUGCCAGAACUGUAAGAAAAAACCAGUUCUUGCAGAAAAAAAUACUCUGUUAAAACCAAUUUGAGUCGACAGCUUUCCUCCGAAUGGUAUGUAAUUCUGUUUUUAGAAAUUUAUCGAACAUUGUAUAUUUGUAUUUUGAUAAGAAACAGGAGUGGAAAAUAGAAAAACAGAGAGAGUUGCGGUGAAAUACUACAUCAUAAUUUUUAAGACCAAAACAUUCUUUAAAUGGAACAUAAAAACAAGUUUUUUGCAUCAACCGGUAGACUCAUUUUUUUAAGUUUAAUCUAGUAAUAGUUUCGGCGUUUCUGCUACAAUUUAUCCCACCAGUCUACCUGGCAGGAAUUUAAACUCGAUAUAUGGCGCAUGUAGGACAACGAACUUACCCAUUGCGCCAAAACACCGGAAAUUACUUAUAUUUCAAAUGAAUAUUAUAUGUUGAACGUGAAAAAAUCGUACUGUACAUAUCCUUCUUUUCCUAUUCAAUCCAAAAUCCCAUUCAACGAUUUCCUGUGACAUCACAAGAUGUGGUACCCUAUAUAAAUUUUCUUUUUCGUUCUGUAUUCCCCCCAAUAAUCGAGCUGACAAGUGUCUUUGAAUUUAUGUAGUGUAAUUAAUUUGGCUUUCAUUCAAGAUAUUUUUUCCCGGGUGAAUAACUCCAGGUAUCUCAGACAACAAAUCAAAAAAUUGUACCUCUCGGUGUUUCAACGGUUAAACGCUUUUCAUAUUAAAACACUAAUUCGGUCGUUCCCAUUGAAAAGCUUUAAUAUUCCAUCAUUGAAUUACAAUGAACACGAAUGUCAUACACAAGUUCAAUAAUUUACAGAAAAAUCGGAAAGAGGAAUUAAUUACUCAAUUAAUUAAUCAGACUAGCAAAAAACAAAUUUUAUCAAUUUUCAAAACAUCUCAUUGAACACGAGAAAAACAUGCUAAAAAAUUAUGUUAUUGAGCCCAGCGUUUAAUUUAUUUCUCUUUAAAAUUU